AAAAAUUGCGGCACAGUCACACCUUCCUGUUCCAGACUGAUCAGCUUCUCCAUUGAUUACCAGACACAGCUGGCUGGACGAAUCACAUCAUGGAGCUCAGACUGUUGGUUUGUGUUGUUGUGGCUUUAGCAGUUACAGGAAGCAACGCACAGUUAGAUGUUUGUGGACAGGCGCCGCUCAACACCAACCCCAGGAUCGUAGGGGGGCACGCUGCUGUUGAAGGCGCCUGGCCCUGGCAGGUCAGUCUGCAGGUUUCGGACCAGCAUCUGUGUGGAGGCUCCCUGAUCAACGACCAGUGGGUCCUGACUGCUGCUCAGUGUUUGGUCGGACGGGCCACAUCCAGGUACAAGGUUAUACUCGGACGUAACGCAUUAAACUCCACCAGCCCUAACGAGUUGAUCCGCACCGUGUCCCGGCUCAUUCGCCAUCCAGCCUAUAAUAUUAACACAUUAGACAACGACAUAGGCUUGGUGAAGCUCUCUUCACCUGUUACGUUCACCGACUACAUCAGGCCGGUGUGUCUGGCGGCAUAUGGCAGCGUCUUCGAGCACGACUCGUUCUGCUGGGCCACCGGAUGGGGACAUAUCAAAACUGGCAUUGAACUUCCGUACCCACAGAGGCUGCAGCAGGUGGAUCUGCCCAUCGUGUCCAACGAAGUGUGUCACGACUUCUACGGGAUUAUCAGCGACAACAUGAUGUGCACCCGUACGAAGCACGGAGGAAUGGACACCUGCAUAGGGGAUGGAGGCGGCCCGCUGGUGAGGAAAUCCAACAAUAGGUGGGUUCAGGUUGGAGUGUCGAUUUUUGGGAGUGCAGGAGGAUGUGGGCUGGCCAACAUCCCAUCAGGCUACACCCGAGUAUCCCAGUACCAGUCCUGGAUCGAGAGCCAGAUCACCACCAACCCGCCCGGCUUCGUCUUCUCUAGAGCUGCUCAGCUCUCAGCUCCUCUGCUGCUGCUGUCCGUCUCACUGCUGCCCUCCUCAUUCUUCAUCCUCUCAUAAGAGG